AUGUUCUUGGAUGAUUCGUUUGUCGAUCCGUCCGCGGACGAUUCGAAUAUCGAAACGUUGCUGUACUCGAACAUCAAGCCCAAGUUCGUGUUCGGCCUGGUCACCGGAAUUUCAGGCAACUGCCUAUACCUAAACGACCACGUGAUCGUGUACCCGGCGGCUGGAGUGGUGGUCGUCCACGACCUGGACGCGCACAGCCAGAGGUUCGUGUAUCCGAAAGAUCCGCGGAGAACCAUCACCGCAAUGGAUCUGAGUCCGAUGAGCUAUGUGUUGGCUGUAGCGACCGUUGCAGAGAAUGAUGGUGGCGGUCAUGAUGAUGACAAGGGCAAGAUUGAGGACUACGCAAAGCCAAUUGUUAAGAUUUACGACUUGGAGUCUCUUAGCGAAAAGCACGUGUUCGUCGAGCCGGAAGGAGAGUGGCAAAAAUUUGGCCAACGACGGUUUACCAAAAUCCGGUUUCAAAACGACAACGUUCACUUAGCAGCGCUCGUCGUCGGCGACGACGGCUCAGAUUGCGGGUUUUACUUUUACGGCUGGAGAAACUCAAAGGUUGAGACGUACAUACGGAUUGACGGUUUUGUAGCCGACGUGGCUAUGAAUCCGUUUGACUUAUCAUUAUGCUGUUUCGCGGGAAGAGAAUUUUUCCAGUUUAUGACUAAAACCGAAACGGGUUGGUCGCAGUACGGUUUCCGCGAAGCCGAAGGUAUUGAUUUUACAUGCGUGUGUUGGUUGUGCAGAGACAGAUGUUUGGCGGGUACGACGGACGGUCGAGUGAUAUUGUUCAAAAACGGUUUGUUCCAAUCGAUGUACUAUGUGGACGAGGUCCAUGAUAUAGAUGUAACAAUCAAAUCAAAAUCCGAAAACUUGAGCAUCAUCAUAUUAUCCGAAUUUGAAAUGAAAUCCAAGAGCGUCCGGAGUUGUAUAGCUUUUGAAUACGGUUUGAUAGUCGUGGCGGGAGAAUUUAAUAUUUACCAUUUUCAAAAAAGAGACAAUGGAGAAAGAUAUAUGAGAAAUAAUAUGUAUGUAAAACACAAUCAUCGUCAUUUGAAAACGCUGGAGAUCGAGGGUGAGUCACCAUUGCAUUUUGUGGAGAGUGUGUGCAUCAGUCCGAACAGCAAAAUACUGACGUGUGUUACAAAAAAUGCCCAACUGCACUCGGCUCCAUUGCAUUAUCGGCAGAAGAACUUAGAGGACGACGAUGAAGAUCUUUUUAAUUCAAUCAUCGAAAUCCAGCCGUUUCAUGAAGAAUUACACCACGGUGGCGUGGGAAGCUUGUCAACAAGUCUGUGGAGACCACUUUUGAUGACCGGUGGCAAAAUCGAUUUUACCGUUAAGUUAUGGGACUACGCCAAAUGCACAUUGCUCUUGUCCAAGCACUACUAUUAUCAGGUGCUCAGCGUCUCAUUACACCCGACAGCUUUGUACUCCGUGGUGGCGUUUACGGGUCAUGUGGAAUUUCAAAUUAUUCGAAUCGACGAUUUAGUUCCGUUGAAACAUUUCCCAAUCAUGGACUGUAGCGUGACGGGCUUCAGCGGUUCCGGACAUAUGUUUGCCUUGGCCAAACCCAGCGGUGAAAUCGAAAUUUACAGUACCCUUAAUUUAAAGAAAUGUUUUUCGUGUGGAAGCCACUUAAGUCCUGUGAGUGCCCUGUAUGCGUUCCACCCAGUAGACGGGCAUGUACUUAUGCACAUUGUUCCUUAUCCAGAUGUAACUAUCACGGAUUUAGCAGUGACAGAAGAAAUCAAUAAAAUGUAUUUUAUCGCGGAGGACGGAAUUAUAAGAAAAGUCGACGAUAACAAGGUGGUUCGUGAAAUAAAUGUCAACCAAGGACCAUUACAUGCACUAUCCAUUUCCAAAUCAAACAGAGUAUUAUUCUUGGCUACUAAAAAUGGCGUUAUUAUGUCUGUCACAUUAUCAGUAAUUAAUAGGUUGUACGCUUAUUUUACAGUACACAAUCAUAGAAUUACAAAGAUGUGUUUAGCGAUGGACGGUUCAGUCUUGAUUUCUUGUUCAGAAGAUGGGAGUAUGUGCAUAUGGGAAGUUGAAGAGGUUGUGAACAAGAAAGAUAAUAUCGAUGAUCGCUUUAAGUAUUUCGAUGAUUUAUUAGUCAAAACGUUAGAGCUUGAAAAAAUAAAUAGAGAUAAGAUUGAAAUAAGAAACUCAGUGGAUUUGUUAGAGGAAAAAAAUAAAUACAAUAUAAAUAAAUUUAAAUAUUCCAAAGAACAGGAAUUAAACAACUUAAAAAAGAUGAAUGCAGAUGACAUUGAUAAAACUAGAAGCAAACUUAAUUUCGAAAAUCAAAUACAAAAUGAAGUUUUAUGUAAGCUUGAAAAUGAAGUAACUGCAUUAAAAGAAGCUAAUAUAUUGAGUUUGGAAAACUUGGAUGUUCAAUAUACAAGAAAACUUAUGUAUAAAUAUAACAAAUAUUCAGAUUUAGAAAAUAAAACAGCUGAAUUCAUAUCUAAACGAAAAAACAACGAAUUACAGAACACGAUUGCGAACUUAGGAGAACAAUUUAAGGAUAAGCAAGAAGAGAUGUUAAAAUUGAGAGAUAAAGAAAUUAAUGAAAAAAACAACCUUCGAAUGUUGGUGGGUGAAACUGAAAAUGAUGUAGAUGAACAUGUUUUGGAUAAAAAAAAUGCAUUCAUUGCUAAACUUAAGAAAAUGAAAGAAUUAAAUCUAAAGGCUUCGUAUGAAUUGGCCGUAGACAAGAUUAAAUAUAACUCAUUUUUGGAAGACAAUUCAGAGUUAAUGCGUUUAACUGAUAAUGCCGAACAAGACUUUAAUGAAUUACAAUUGUCAAUCAGCGAAAUAGCUAAGAGAAUAACUAUUUUGAAGAGAUCAUUGAAAAACGAAAGUGAGAAUAUUUUAAAAAAAGAUAUCGAAAUUAAUGAUAUUUACCAAAAAGCAUCAGAGUUAGAAAAAGAAAUAAAUGUAAUAACUGAAAUCAAUGCUGAUUUGCAAAAAGUUAGUGAUUCAUUGACAACGGAAAUAAAAGACACAAAAAAUGUGAUCGACAAAAAAAGUAUCAAUCAAAUUGAAGUUGACUUACGUUUAGCUAGUCAAAAUUACAAUAAUGAUAAUGAUAAUAAGGCAGCACUGACAACAUUUUUCAAUAAAUACACGGGAGAUUUAACGAUUCAAAACGAAGAUAUAGGAGCAAGAAAUGAAUUGCUUAGGCAAAUAAAAUUAUUAGAGGAUUCUAUUUCGAGACUAAAGAAAGAUGCACAAUCAUCUAACUAUAAAUCCGAAUCAAAUUAUUUGAUAAUGAAAGAAAACAUGAAACUUAUUGAUGAAAUUUCUGAUCUGCGAAAAGAUUCCCAGAAUUAUUUAACCCAGUGUAUUAAUUUAAAACGUACACUACUAAAAAUAACACAUCCUAACCAAAGAACAUAG